AUGACUUUCUCUCGCCUCUCCUCCUCCGUGCUUUGUGCACUGGCUGCUCUCGGCCACAAUGCGCUGGCAGCUCCCCAGUUCUCUCCUCGUGCUACAGUCGGCUUGGAUGCCUGGCUUGCCAGUGAGACUACCUUCUCCCUCAACGGGAUCCUGGCCAACAUUGGUUCCAGCGGUGCCUAUUCCGCGAGCGCCAAGCCUGGUGUCGUUAUUGCCAGUCCCAGCACAAACAACCCGAACUAUUACUACACCUGGACGAGAGACUCCGCUCUCACCUUGAAGGUGCUUAUCGAUCUCUUCGGUAAUGGAAACCUCAGUCUCCAGACCGUCAUUGAGGAAUACAUCAAUGCACAGGCGUAUCUGCAGACUGUCUCCAACCCCUCUGGUGAUCUCUCAAGUGGUGCCGGUCUCGCCGAGCCCAAGUACAACGUUGACAUGAGCCCUUUCACUGGUGGGUGGGGCAGACCUCAACGAGACGGUCCUGCUUUGCGUGCUAUUGCCUUGAUUGAGUUCGGCAAUUGGUUGAUUGACAAUGGCUACUCUAGCUAUGCUGUUAACAACAUCUGGCCCAUCGUGCGCAACGAUCUGUCCUACGUCUCCCAAUACUGGAGCCAAUCCGGUUUUGAUCUUUGGGAGGAGGUCAACAGCAUGUCUUUCUUCACCGUCGCUAACCAGCACCGUGCUCUUGUCCAGGGAAGCACCUUUGCCGCCCGUGUUGGCGCAUCAUGCUCAUGGUGUGACUCCCAAGCCCCCCAGAUCCUCUGCUACAUGCAGACCUUCUGGACCGGAUCCUACAUCAAUGCCAACACUGGCGGUGGUCGCUCCGGCAAGGAUUCCAACACCGUUCUAACCACUAUCCACACUUUUGAUCCUGAGGCUACUUGUGACGACGUCACCUUCCAGCCUUGCUCUCCCCGCGCCCUCGCCAACCACAAGGUCUAUACCGAUUCGUUCCGCUCUAUCUAUGGUGUCAACUCUGGUAUCGCUCAGGGUGUUGCUGUCUCCGUUGGACGUUAUCCUGAGGACUCCUACUACGGCGGUAACCCAUGGUUCCUGUCCAACCUCGCUGCCGCAGAACAGUUGUACGAUGCCAUUUACCAAUGGAACAAGAUCGGCUCCAUCACCAUCACCAGCACCUCUUUGGCUUUCUUCAAGGACGUCUACAGCUCCGCCGCUGUCGGCACCUACGCCUCCGGCAGCACUGCCUUCACCUCCAUCAUCAGCGCAGUCAAGACCUACGCCGACGGCUACGUUAGCAUUGUUCAGGGUCACGCCGCUGCCAACGGUUCCCUCUCUGAGCAGUUUGACAGAAACUCCGGUGUAGAAAUCUCUGCUCGUGACCUCACCUGGUCAUAUGCCGCCUUGCUCACUGCUAACUUGCGUCGUAACGGAGUUAUGCCUCCUUCCUGGGGUGCUGCCUCCGCCAACUCGGUCCCCAGCUCUUGCUCAAUGGGCUCUGCCACUGGUACUUACAGCACACCUACCGCUACCGCCUGGCCCAGCACCUUGACCAGCGCCACCGGAAUUCCUGUCACCACUUCCGCCACCGCCUCUGUCACCAAGGCCACCAGUGCUACUUCUACCACCACAAGCGCCACCACCUGCACAACCCCUACUUCCGUCGCUGUCACUUUCGACGAAAUUGCCACAACCACCUACGGCGAGAACGUCUUCAUCGUUGGCUCCAUCUCCCAGCUCGGUAGCUGGGAUACCAGCAAGGCCAUUGCUCUCAGCGCCAGCCAGUACACUUCCAGCAACCACCUCUGGUUCGCUACCCUCAGCCUUCCCGCUGGUACCACCUUCCAGUACAAGUACAUCCGCAAGGAGUCGAACGGUUCGAUCGUUUGGGAGAGCGAUCCUAACCGCUCCUACACUGUUCCUUCCGGCUGUGGUGUUAGCACUGCUACCGAGAACGACACCUGGCGAUAA